GGAGGGGGCAGUUUGCGAGGGUCGUCCGGGCUAUCGGAUCUGAGAUCUGCUGCUCACAUUUAUAACUAGACAGACCUGGGUUUGUUCAGGGCAGAGCUGAGCUGGACGGACGGGGAAGAUAUCCACCGAGGAGCGGGAGCAGGAGGAAGCCGAGUUUCAAACUUUUAACCGGACGACUAAAAGGGAAGAGAGAGGAGAACAAAGUUUGAGUUGUCUCCUGCUUGGACCGUAAAGCUAAUAAUUCACCCUGGAGGAGGUAUCACUCUUUUAAUUUGACUGUUGUGAUUUUCUGUCAAGCUCAAGACUUGUAACUUUAGUUUAGUUGGAACGGACACACGCUUUCUUCAAAAUGGAUAAAUACGAGGAUUUAGGAUUAGAGGCAAGUAAGUUUAUCGAGGACUUAAACAUGUACGAAGCAUCCAGAGAUGGUUUAUUUCGUACGAGGAGGGACGCAGGAAAUAACCCCGAUUUUGAGGAGACGAGGAAGGUUUUUGCCUCUAAAAUGACUAAAAUACACAUGCAGAAACACCAAGAGGAGAUGGCAAAAAACAACCUGGCCAUGAAAAUGAAUGGGGGUCACAACAGCACAUAUUACACCAAAGACAGGCCGCCCAUCAACAGCUACAGGCAGCCGGGUGAAGCUGCCGCGAAGCCCCCGAUACUCUCUGGCCCCGUGCCGGGCACCACGGCUGGGAACCAGUACGCACAGUUUGACGGCCAGAAACACCACGCAGGCAUUCAGUCUGAGCCUCCAGCGGGCAGGGCGUAUGGCUACGGAAACAAUUACGAUAAUAAGGAGCGCUUAGAGCCACAUUCAUACCAGAACAACACCCCUACUCCCCCCAGCCCAGGAAACGUGUCUCACAGUUCGCCCACACAUGCUCGUCACCCGGCCAGCCAGUCUGCUGCCUGGGCCCCAUCCAGAGAGAGCCAGCCUUCCCCAUCUUUGUCUGGGUCAGGGAGCAACAGUGUAUCUCAUCAACAGCCUCAGCGCCAGGCUACACCUCCCUCCACCAACAGUCUUCCAUCUCAGCAGAGUCAGGCUGUCACCCCUUCUGUUAACCAGAGUCCACCCUCCUCUGCUGGGUCAGUCAGGGGAUGGGCCGAAGAGCCCUCCGGCUCAGCCAAACCAGACCUCAUCCCCGCCCUGCCAAUGACUGCCUUCACAGGAGGAGCAGACUUCCAUGUGCAGCAGCCCUCCACACAGUCUGCAGUUCAUUAUGCACCACCUUCUUCGACUUCGAGACCCUCUUCCAGUCAGAAUGGUCCUGUGGCAGCUUCCUCUCCCCUGCCUGCACCUUCUGAAACAUAUCCCAAAGUCCAGGUUGCAUCCACUGUCAUGAGCCUUGGCAAUAACUCCAAAAGCUUCAACCAGGGUCAAGGUCAGAGCCAAAUACCCACCUGUGGACAGGCUGCCUGUUUUGAAGCUGAAGUCCCAUCCUCCCCCAAGCUUGUCCAAAUACCCUGCCAGUCCCUCCUCACGCAGCCCCAUGAACAGGGGCCUUCAGCAGCUGAAAUAAAAUUAGAGGCCCUCACUAACCGGCUGGAAAAAGAGAUGGAUGCCCAACCAAAGGCUGACUACUUUGGUAAGACUUUAGACUACCAACACCAACAAGAUCCCCACAGAGUCUGCAUAAAAUGUAACAAGGCAGUGUACGGAGCCAAUCAGGCCUGCCAGGCUAUGGGCAGCCUUUACCAUGACAGCUGUUUCACCUGCAGCGCCUGUAGUCGAAGGCUGCGGGGGAAAGCUUUCUACUAUGUUGGAGGGAAGGUUUUCUGUGAAGAGGACUUUCUGUACUCUGGUUUCCAGCAGUCUGCGGACAAGUGCAACGCAUGUGGACAUCUGAUCAUGGACAUGAUCCUGCAGGCUCUCGGGAAAUCGUACCACCCUGGCUGUUUCCGCUGUGUCAUCUGUAAUGAGAGCCUUGAUGGAGUGCCCUUCACUGUGGACACUGAAAAUAAGAUCUACUGUGUCAAAGACUACCACAGGGUCCUCGCCCCUAAAUGUGCAGCCUGUAACCAGCCCAUCCUUCCCUCACAGGGGUCUGAUGAAACCAUUCGAGUUGUAUCCAUGGACAAAGACUAUCACGUGGAAUGCUAUCACUGUGAGGACUGUAAGAUGGAGCUGAAUGACGAGGAGGGUCACCGCUGCUACCCUCUGAACGGCCACCUUCUCUGCCACUCCUGCCACCUGAAGCACAUCGAGCCAGGCUCCUCCAUCACCGCCCCCUCCUACUAACACUAACAGCAGGUGGAGGGAGACCCCUGGUGGAUUGUUGGAGGAACUGCCAAAGAGUGAAUAAUGACAGCAGGAGAGGAUUUGAACAAUUCUUGUUGUAGAGGAUUGAUUGAUUUAAUGCAUCAAAUCAUACGAUGGUUUGACCAGAAUGUUAAUGACGUUUUCAUUAUGUGAGUGACUAUCGUAACGCCUACAGAGGUUAUGACCCAAUAAUUAAGUAUUGUAAUACACCAAAGCCCUCUUUGAAUGGAGUUAUACCCACUGCAAUACUGACUUUGCAGAAGUGUCGCCAUAUAAUUAUUUUGUGUAAAUAUUAGUGAUAUUGGCUGUGUAAAUAUCUUACUGUCAACUCCCAUUCAAUACUACGUGCCUUCACUUUCACACUUCUGCUGUGAAGUUAAAAUUCAAAAUCAAUCCAUAAAUCAUCUGUCCAGAUGUUCUCAUUAACAUGUUGUUCCUGAGAAGAUUUAUAAAGAAUAUGCAAAGUUCACUGUGGAAUGUGACACAAAUCACAGGUACCUAAUAUUUUCAUUUUCUGGUAUGAUAAUAUGGUUGAGUCAGGAUACUCUGAUUCAUGCAAUAUACAGUAUUGAGGCCUCUCACAGAUUCUUUCGGACGCAGGAAGGAGGACAGCAGUUUCUACAUGAUUGAAAUGUAUUUAUAUAUGCAUAACAUACAAACUAAAGUAACACAUUGAUAUGUCAUUAUUGAGUAAUAUUUUUUAAAGCACAAGGAAUAACUAAUUUCUUGAUUUUUCAUUUUCAAGCAGAGUUCGUGCUGUAGAGAAAGUGUUAAUUUUCCUGUCAGAGAGGUCACCAGUGGUCCUGUUGAGGGAUCAAGAACCACACAAAUAGUCUGUGAAAAGCCUCCAUUAGUCGACCUAUGAUGCAAAUAAUGUUGCAAUAAAUCAUAUUAAGUAAUAAUUUUCUCACACAACUAUCUCAUAGAAACAUUAAUAUCUUGCAUGUUAAUUUGUCUUUAUAUGCUUAUGGCAUAUCUUUUUACAGUCAUACAACACAUUGUAUGACUUUUGUUACAUGUGACCAAGAAUGCCGAGGACAGCCAGGUUAUAUUGUUCUGAAGUAAUAAACUGACAUCUUAUGUCACAUGCAAUCUGUUCGAAGCACUUAGAGAUAGAUGAGUGUUUUCUAUGCACCUAUGAAGAGGUUGGUAAUAGGCCUGUAUAUCUAAUGUAUUUUGUUGUAUUUGCAAAAAAAUAGUAUAUAUUUUAAAGAUAUAUAUUGUAGGCCUAUAUUCAUUAACUUGUCUUAUUUUGACUUCUGUGCAAACCCUUCAAAUACUAAUUUGAUUUGCAGUGGGGAUACAUUUUUGAUUGCCUGCUUUUGCUAUCCAACGUUACUCAUGUCUUGUCUCAAGUUUACUAACUUAAUACUAAAGUUGCUUGUUAUUUGAGGACCUAAUUUCAUAGCCAGCUGUAGAUUAAGAUGAAGAACAAGCAUUUAACUAUGUUCUGUAUGAUUGUUGUAAAGAAAAUAUUUAAUAAAUGCAUUGC